AUGCGAAGGGUGCUAAGAAAUUGCUCUUGGCAGCAACAUUGGCGACCGGCGAGGGAGGGGCAGCGACGACCAAUCUUGGAGCUGAGAACGAAGAAGAAGAAGGGGGAUGGAGCGUUGUUUUUUUGUUUAGGAAGUAGAAAAGAUUACAUCAAAACUGCCGUCCCUCUAUAUGAAGCAUCGAUUAAAGGUGAUUGGAAAGCUGCUAAAGCCAUUCUUGAUGAAAGGCCAGAGUUGGUAAGGUAUAGUAUCACUGAAAAUGAUGAAACCGCACUUCAUGUUGCUGCAUCGGCAAAAAGAAGCAAACAUGUGGAAGAGUUUGUGGAACAUCUUCUGACAUACAUGAAUGAAAAGGACCUCGAACUUCGUAAUAACAGUUCCAACACUGCCCUCUGUUUAGCAGCUGCAGCUGGAAACCUUAAAAUAGUUGAGAUUAUGGUGAACAAAAAUAGAGCUUUAGUGGGAAUGGUUUGUGGUAACGGAAUGACACCACUGUAUAUGGCUGUCCUGUUUGGACAUCAAGACGUGGCCAAGUAUUUUUAUGAAAGGUCCCACAAGUUGCGUCAUACUUGUUGGACACCUGAAAAUUGUGAGUGGCUUCUUCACAAGUGUGCCGAGAGUAAUAUGUUUGAUAUCGCACUACAGAUAGUAAAAGAUCGCCAGGAACUUUGUGGUACUGGAAGUUUGCUUCAAAUUUUGGCUCGAAAGACCGAAGCAUUUGCUGAAACAGAAUCUAAUAUCAUCAAAAGAACCAUAUAUUGGCUUUUUAGGGUCAUGCAUCCAAAGAUGGGAGUUUCUGAGAAGGAAAAUAAAAUGAAAGCAUUAGAAUUACUAAAAAUCGUUUGGCAAAAUAUUGCGGAGAAGCCAAAGGAGGAAAUUGAUAACAUACUCAGAGGGCCGCCUGAUAAUCCCAUCAAUCAAGAUGAUAAACCAGCUUCUGACAAGGACAAUCAAACACUGCAACUACUAAAACUCAUUGCUGAUAAUGUCGUCAAAAUGCAGAAAAACAAAGAGCCUGCUGCUACAGCUUCAGAAGGUCCGAAUGCAGUAUCGGAGCAUAAUGUAAAAACAAAAUACUCUUCUCGAAUAUUAUUUGUUGCUGCAAAGAUGGGCAACACUAGAUUUCUAGUUGAGCUCAUCCGUAAAUAUCCUGAUCUGAUAUGGAAACUAAACGAUGAUGGCCAAAGUAUAUUUCACAUUGCUGUCAAACAUCGUCACGAGGGGAUCUACAAUAUAUUAUAUGAGAUAGGCUCAAUGAAGGACCUGAUAACUCCUCUUAAAGAUAAAAAUGACAACAAUAUGUUGCAUUUAGUUGGGAGGAAAGCCAAGAAAAAGCAACUUGAGGAUGUAUCUGGAGUUGCAUUGCAGAUGCAACGAGAACUAUUGUGGUUCAGGGAAGUAGAAGAGAUGAUCCCUCCUUCUUAUCGGGAAAUGAAGAACAAAGAUGGUCUAACACCACACGAUUUAUUCACUAAGGAACACAAAGAUUUAGUCAAACAAGGUGAGGAAUGGAUGAAAGGAACGGCUAGUCAGUGUAUGGUGGUUGCGACGCUUAUUGCCACCAUUGUAUUCGCGGCGGCUUUUACAGUUCCAGGUGGAUACAAUCAAGACAAUGGUAUCCCUUUCUUUUAUCGAAAAAGAACAUUUACACUUUUCGUGUUGGCAGAUGCUAUGUCUUUGUUCUCAGCAUCAACAUCAAUACUCAUGUUCUUAUCUAUCCUUACUUCUCGUUACGCCGAACGUGAUUUCUUGGAGUCAUUACCCAAAAGGCUAAUGUUAGGUCUAGCAACACUUUUCCUCUCGAUAACAACCAUGAUGGUUGCUUUUAGUGUUAGCUUCUUUGUGCUAUACCAUAAAGAUCUGAAAUGGAUACCCAUUCUUAUCACCCUGUUUGCUACAAUGCCGGUUCUUUUAUUUGCUACAUUGCAAUUUCCGUUGUUGAAAGACGUAUUUCAGUGGACGUAUGGUUCUAGGUACCUCUUUCAGCCCAGGAAACAUGUUCUGUACUAUGAAAACUCCUCUAAACAUAGGUGGUUUCCAUUUACAGUACCUUUCAUUUCAAGAUGUACUUCGAAAAUAUGGAAACUGUUGCAAGUUCAAUAA